CUUCAUCACGACAGAUGAGAGACCAUCGUGCGCCUCGUUAUCCCAUGAGAAGGUAGGUGCGUGUCCCAAGGUGGAUUACACAGGGAAUGCAGAGGAGAGCGCCGGUGGUCCUCAGCAAUGGCCUUGAUCGUCUCAAACACAAGUGAGUGGGCGUAGGACCAAGCAUCCUGCAAAGGGACGUGGUGUGAUGGUGUGGCUAUUCACCAAAGGCACAAUUUAUGUCGAGCCCUCGGCCAGAUUGUACGCUUCUCUCUUCCUCUCUCUUUCUCUCUUCUUCGCCUCAUGCUCUCUACCAUCUCACAUUCCUACCAAACACCUUCUACGGAUGUGUCCUGCUCUCUGAGCGUGCCGCUUGACAUUCCACCGCCCGAGGGAUAUCUGACCAAGACUCGCUCCAACUUCAUCGUGUCAACGACAACCACAUCAUGGAGUUCAGCGUGGGCACCGCAUCCUCUAGCACGAGGCGAAUCGGGGUCAUGACCAGCGGCGGGGAUUCGCAGGGCAUGAACGGGGUGGUCCGGGCGGUCGUGCGCAUGUCGAUCCACAUGGGAUGCGAGGCCUACGCCAUCCUCGAGGGGUACGACGGCCUCGUGCGCGGCGGGGACGCGAUCAAGCGCAUGUACUGGGACGACGUCCGGGGCUACCUCUCGCUGGGGGGCACGUUGAUCGGCACGAAACGGUGCCGCGAGUUCUUCGAACGCGCCGGCCGGCUGAGGGCCGCGAGGAACAUGAUCCUCAAGGGCAUCUCGGGCCUGAUCGUCUGCGGCGGCGACGGCAGCCUGACGGGCGCCGACCGGUUCCGGGCCGAGUGGCCCAGCCUGCUGGACGAGCUGGUGCAGACGCAGCAGCUCGCGCCCGACCAGAUCACGCCCUACCGGCACCUCAACAUCUGCGGGCUGGUCGGGUCGAUCGACAACGACUUCUCCGGCACGGACGCGACGAUCGGGUGCUACUCGUCGCUGGAGCGGAUCUGCGAGAUGGUCGACGCCGUCUUCGACACGGCGGCGUCGCACAUGCGCGGCUUCGUCAUCGAGGUCAUGGGCCGCCACUGCGGCUGGCUGGCGCUGAUGGCCGCGAUCGCCACGGGUGCCGACUACGUCUUCAUCCCCGAGAAGCCGCCCGGCAGCGACUGGGAGGAGGAGAUGUGCGAGAUCGUCACCAGCCACCGCGGCCGGGGGAAGCGGCGCACCAUCGUUAUCAUCUCCGAGGGCGCCCAGGACGUCGAGCUCAACCGCAUCACCGCCGACCAGGUCGUCCAGGCCCUGACCGAGAAGCUCGACCUCGACACCCGCAAGACCGUGCUGGGCCACAUCCAGCGCGGCGGCAUGCCCUCGUACUACGACCGCUGGCUCGCCACCCUCCAGGGCGUCGAGGCCGUCAAGGCCCUCCUGGAGGCCACCCCGGACACGCCCUCGCCCGUUGUCACGGUGCGCGAGAACAAGAUCCUGCGCUCCGACCUGCAGGAGUGCGUGCGCCUGACCAAGUCCGCGGGCGCGGCCGUCCAGGACAAGGACUGGACCAAGGCCAUGAAGCUCCGCGACGUCGAGUUCAAGGACUACUUUGACAGCUACAAGCUCACCACGUCCACCAGCGAGGAGAGGCCGCGUCUGCGACUGCCCCCGGAAAAGCACAUGCGCAUCGCCAUCAUCCACAUUGGCGCCCCCGCGGCCGGCAUGAAUCCGGCCACUCGCGCCGCCGUGGCUUACUGCCUGUCUCGCGGGCACACCCCGCUGGCGAUAUACAAUGGCUUUCCGGGACUACAGAGACACCACGACGAUGAACCGGUGGGCUCGGUCCGAGAACUCAAGUGGAUUGAUGUCGACGGUUGGGUCAACCAAGGCGGCUCCGAGCUGGGCACCAACCGAAGUCUACCGAGCGAAGAUCUCGCAAAGACGGCUUACUGCUUUGACCUGUACAAAUUCGACGCCCUCUUCUUGAUCGGCGGCUUCGAGGCUUUCACUUCCGCCAGCCAGAUCAGGAACAACAGAGACAAGUAUCCUUCUUUCCGCAUUCCACUCCUGGUCCUGCCCGCCACCAUCUCCAACAACGUCCCCGGGACCGAGUACUCGUUGGGCAGCGACACCUGCCUCAACACCCUGGUAGGAUUCUGUGACGUGAUCCGGCAGUCGGCGUCGGCCUCGCGGAGAAGAGUGUUUGUGGUCGAAACCCAGGGUGGCAAGUCUGGCUAUCUGGCCACCAUGACAGGUCUUGCCGUUGGUGCUUUAGCCGUUUACACGCCAGAGGAUGGCAUCAACAUGCGCAUGUUGUUACGGGACAUCGACUUUAUCCGUGAAGACUUCCAGGACGACAAGGGCGCCUCGCGGGCGGGGAAGAUCAUCCUCCGCAACGAGCGCGCAAGUCAAACUUACACCACACAGAUGAUCGCCGACGUGAUCAAUGUCGAGGCCCAAGGCAGAUUCGACGCCCGCGCUGCAGUUCCCGCCCAUUACCAACAGGGCAUGAAGCCCUCGCCGAUUGACCGCAUCCGGUCCUUCAAGUUGGCCAUCAAGUGCAUGCAGUUCCUCGAAGACAACUUCGCCGGCAAGAGCCAAGACGAAAUCAAUGCGAAUCCUCUGAACGCGGCCAUCAUCGGUAUCCAGGGAUCGGAAGCCGUCUUCAGUCCCAUGGGCAGCGACUACGGCUUGGAAGCGACCGAGACGGACUGGGCUUUACGUCGCCAGAUCAACGAAUAUUGGCGGCCCAUCAAGGACGUAAUUGACAUCCUCAGUGGUCGCCCAAACGACACAGGUGGCAAUCCCUACGGCAAGCUGCCUGGAUCCCCUGCAGAAGUGUUUAGAUCUGUCGCCCCCAGCCGCGCGAUCAGUCCUCUGCCACAAAUUCUUUAGGCUGCUGCUCCCUCAGACGAGUUCCGGACGGCACCGAUGCGGUGUACCGUGCAGGCUUUGCCUCUAUCAGAGAGUAUGAGGGUGCGAGUGAUGUUGGAGUCAAUGGCUCGUGACCUUGGUCCUUGUCGAAGGAUCCAUUGAAGCGUAGGGUAAAAGGUAACCGACAACCACGGUGGUAGCUUCGGCGUCGAUUUUAAGUCAUCCAUGGGGGGACGAUGGCAGGCACGGUAAAUUGUAGGGAUGAGGUAACAAGUUGUGCGUCUUGUCAAGGGGGAAACCAGACAAUAAUGGCAAACACCAAGAGCGAAUGGUGGAAACAGAUUGCUUCUCAUGCUCAGGCGGCUCAAAGCUGGCCUGGAAGGUGCUUGCAGAGUAGCCAGUAGAGAAACAGGACUCGUUGUGAAUGUGGCGAAGUGCAAAGUGCUUGUGCGAUUGCUAACUAAGGCCAGAAAUGCGUGUUCUGAUGCUAUCAGCAGAAAAGCAGAUCCCACAAUGCUCGUACGACCUGGCAGAAAGAGGAUGAUGAAUGGACGACCCCAUCUGCCGGCCCAAGGCGGAAAGCCCAUCAGGCUGCACUCAAGGCUAUGAAAAGCACCGAUUAGCUAGAGCUGGCUCUUCAUCGGAAACUAGACACCAUCAAUCGAGCAGCGCAACUGACAAAGAAUGGUCGAGGCACUAUCCGCACGCAGUCCACGACGUUCAAGGGGGACUAUCGCCUCUCAGCAAGUCUUCGUCCGGCUCAAAAGGGGCAUCCUGCGCCGCAAAAUCCAUCAUGCUGUCGCUUGCAUUGUCGUGUUCAAACAACCGGGCCUGCGCUCGAUUUUUCUUGCCUUUCUUCUUCUUAGUGUUACUAACGGCUUGAGGUAUCUCAUCCUCCAACAUUCCGGUAGGGCCUGUGGCCAAAGACGUACUCCCA